AUGCAGGACGUAGGGCUAAGUGAAGGCUUCAGCUCCUCUGAGUUGAGAGCCACACCUGGCUGUGUCAAGCCUGCUCUCCUGAGAGGCCCCGUUUGGCUGAGGAAUGAGUUUGGAGUCAUCCUGCCCAGCAGCCAUGAGCUGUUGGCCUUUGUCCUGGGGGCAAAUCAGGGUCUGGCUGCCUCAGAUUCACAGCUUGGUGUGCAGAGCAGUGGAGCGUUCCUAGAGGAAAAGCCUAGAGCUGACAAACCUUCUGUGGUAAGGGGUGAGCAUCCUUGGGAAGCCACAGAGAGCAAGGCGCAGGUUUUCAUUGAUCACCACCAUCAAGAUGCUCCCAGAAUCGUGCUGUCUAGGAAACCAUUUAAACUGGUGAGAAGCCAUCCUCUCUUGAAUGGGGGCUCCCACUGUACAUCUGGCACCCACUUCACAGACAAUCCCGGCAGAUGUGGGCUGAACUCAGAUCGGCGGGAGCGCCGGUCUGCAAUCUGCAAACAUUUUUCUUGCCACUUUGUUUCAUUUUUCCUAAACUUAACUGAUUUGGAAUCUGGAGAUAUAAAUGAAAAAUGCCGAGUCGGCCUAUCAAUCACGGCAUGCACAAACAUCGCCACUGCCCUUCCUAACAUCCUAUUACCACUGGGUAGUUGGCUAGUCAAACAGGAAUAAAAAUUACACUGCAAACAUC